GUCCAAGGAACGAGCUAGGAAAAGCUUAGAGUUCGGUUGGGAGCUAGGUCUCCUUUCUCAAGCUUGUUUUUAUAUAUGAUCUGUUCGUGAUGGCGCUAGAUCAAUCUGCUCGUCAUCCUCUCCUUAGUUCCAAUCUCCACUCGAUACAUACUGUCACUUCACAGCUUGACGAAUCAUGGCACUCGGUACUUUUUCCAAAUUCUUCCGUGAAGUCAAGGGCCAGAAUUCCUACCAAAGCGAGUACUACGUCGUGCGCCAACCAAGCCAUCGCCGUCGCUCCAGAGCCCGCUCCGUUGAAAGAACCUCCUCAAGCGAGUCGAGGCCAAGGAAAGAACACCAUGUGCACGAGGUAGAAAUCCACCGAAAGCCCUCCAGACGGCAUGGAGACAGAGAAAAGAAGAUUCGAAAAGAGUACGAGUACCGCUACGAACUCUUUCAGGAUGACUCUGAUACCGAGGACAACGACGACUUCAAGCACGUCUCCUGGGCUCAAUGGCCUGACCUCCAUACUCAGCUCAGCGACUACCAAGCCCAUCAACCAGCACCCGAGCCCUCAUCCCAGUCCCAGCCCAAGACCGACAACCCUGACCUCCACCAAUGGAUCUCCGCCGAGCUCGCCCUCCUCUGGUCCUCCAUCGACCAACUCCACCAUCAACACAAAGAACGCUCUGCCAACUAUGACCCCUAUCUCCAACAAGCCAUCUUGGCUUCCUAUGCCACCUUCAAGCAGGAGCAGAUCCAACCUCUGCUCGAUGAGAUCGCUCGCCUCGAAAGGCAAGGUAAAGACUACGAGGAGCUUGUCAAGGAGCUGUUUGGUGUCAUCAAGGGAUACCAAGUCGAAUUGAGGAACGUAUGGGACAGAGAGGAAAGGGAAAAGAAGGAGAAGGAGGAAAAGGCCAACAGAGCAAAGAGGGAGAGGGGGAGGAGGCACGAUGAAGAGGCGACACCACAAAGGCGAGAGUGGGAGACGUGGCGAGAUUUCUCCGCGACUACUACUCUGGCUGGAGGCUCGGGAUCGAACCCUUCUUCUCCGACGGGAAGCGCCCCUCCGCCUUAUGAUGAUGGGCAACUACCGAUAAACGAGAUUCCUGCCCCAGCUCCAGCUCCUCAGACUGUGCCUAUUCCUACGGUUCCUGCUCGCCCGCCGAAGGAGCUCGAACAUCCGCACCAGCCGAGAGUCCGCUUCGACGAGUUCCUGCACGAGAUUCCCGCGCCGCGCAACUACACCGACGACGAGUACGAGUACGGACCCCGCGAUCACCGCCGCCGCGAAAGGGGUCGGACCCACGAACACGAAUACACCUACGACCGACCACGGUCCUCCUCAAAGGAGACGCACAUCCACCGUGAGCGUGAUUGGCAGCAUCCCAACGAUGUUCGCCACAGGCACGAACACCGCCCUCGUGGCCAGGACCAUCACAACGACCGCCAUCAUCGCCGGCACCACCACGAUGACCGGUCUGAGCGCCGGUUCGAUGACCGCUUGACUGAUUGGAACAUCCCAGCCCCAAGCACCCACUGGGACAUGCACCCCCGCAGCAGCCCGCGCUCCGCACGGGACCUUGACGCUUACGAGCCCAUGACCAGAAGCGAGCCUCGCACCCGUCGACGGCACUCGGUUAGCUACUCCCCGCCUUUGCAGGUUGCCGAGAGAGAGGGGGAUAAGUACCCUAGAGGGUGGAGGGUAGUAAGGUUUGCUGCCUGAUUGGUAUCACCUAGAGGUAUGGAAGGCUGUUGGUGACAGUUGACCAGACGGAGGCGAAGGCAGAGGCGCAGGAGUUUAACUUGGCUGCAUUUUCUUUGUAUGAUGUUCACUCUGGUGCAAAACUUUGUUUUUUUGUUGUCGAAUUCUGCUUGAUGCUUUUCGUUUUUGAAUAAUCAUGUAGACGUACCUGAAAUCUGAAAGACCUCAAAUCCC